CUUCUAAGCAGAACGAAGCAGAAUGUCGUUGCUAAUGAGCCCUGAUGGGACAUUUCGGGCUGUCUUGUUCGAACUGUGGAAAGCUGCGCAUACAAAGGAUGCACAAGAGCCCGAGUCGUUGUCUUUUUGGCAACAUCUCUUAUCCAAGUAUGAGUUCAAGGAGGACUUUUGGAUUUGCGACGCCGAGAUCAGACCAACAGCGGACAGUCGCCGACGCAUUGAUCGUGGUAUUCGUUUCAUAGAGCCAAAUGCAAGAGAAAUUGUUGUUCUCUGUUGGCUCGAGGCUAAAGGGGUUGAUACCGCAGAAGCUACGAGGCAAUCCGAGGCGCAGGCUCUUGAUGCCUGCAAACUGACGCUCGACAAUCACCCCUGGCAAGGACACGUCUACGCGCUGACGACGACUCGAACCAAAGCAAAAGCGUGGAUGUAUGAGCGAGGCGAUGAGUACAUGAUUCCCUUGCACGAGGAGGAUUACAUCGAGGCACACUCCUCAGAAGGCAUCAAACUGAGAAGUGCUUUCGAAAGGAUGAAACUGAUCACCCCUGCUCCAGUUCUUGGAAUGGACAGAUCUAUAGCCCACCUCCCAGCGACAGGAAGCGGUGUGGCUGAUCCGACUUCAAUGCCAAACUCGAUGUUUCCGCAACAUGGCGCGUAGAUGCCGAAUAGAGGCCAACACCAUGCCUACCCGCGUUGGCUCAAGUCUGGAAACUUGGGGAUUUGAGACACUGGUAUCUGAUGGUGGAAGCGAGACGGUUGAGAGAGCACAAUUACAGCUAUAGCUGCGGGACCUGGUGGGGUUCAACGCGGAAGACGACUUGCCUGGAACGGCUGUGGAAGCCGAAGCUGCGUUCAGCAAGCUGAAUCAGAACUAAU